AAGACUUCUCUUACUGUUUUCUGUUUGCUUCAGACAACGUUCAUGUUACUGUUACUGCUGUUGGCUAAGGGUUGGGCCGUCACUAGGAUGGAGCUUACCCAGAAGUCUCUUGUGUUCAGUAUCUGGGUUGUGUACGGAGUGGUCCACAUCUUACUCUACGUCUGGAACAGGACGGAGGUGGACAUAGUAGAAGAGAUAGAUGAGUAUCAGACGUGGCCAGGCUGGUUGAUACUUGUGUUGCGCUGUGUUAUCAUCGCUUGGUUCCUGUGUGAACUACGCACUACUAUGUUGUACGAGCACAACGACACCAAACUACACUUCUUCCUGCACUUUGGUGCAUCUGCGCUCGUCUGGUACAUCUACCUGCCAGUGGUCGCACUCAUAGCCCUGCAAGUCCCGCCUUUCUGGCGCUUCAAACUGCUGCUAGGUAUAACUUACUCAGCGGACUGCCUGGCGUAUUGCAUUAUGAUGCACCUGUUGUGGCCCACACGAACUGAGCAGUACUUUCUGUUGGCGCACUCACUUGACCCGAGCGAUGAGCUCGAUGAGUUCAACGAAGCACCUCAUGUCAUCAACUCCAAUUCUGGCUACACAAGUCUUCGUAACUCCAUUAACUCUGGAAGUGCACAGGACCUGACGUUCACUACUAUACAGAGUGCCGGGAGCACAUCCGACCUGGCAUCACUAGAGUAUACCAAGUUGGUUAUGUGAUCCAUGGAUCUCCGGGACGUUCCCGGAGACUCAUAUAUUCGCACAAGCCGUGUCUAGCUCUGGUGCUGCAAUCUGACUGUGAUCCGACUGGCGUUGUACCGGACGGCACUGUCACCAAACGGUACAACGGACUCACGUGCCUUCCCCGUUGUGACACCAUGGCAUCUUUUAUACUUUGUCUCGACUCGUACGUUAUUGAUUAGAUUGUUGCAUUUAGUAACUGUAAGUACUCGUAUACUCCUUUGAGUGUAAUUUGAACACGAAGUGUUGUUUUCGCUAUUUCAAUAAGUAAUCUUUUAUGGUACUUUUUUAGUUGAACAUAAGCAGUGAAUCAAAUAGUUUUUUAUAUAUUUUAAUUUUAGUACUUCAACAAAGCAUUGGAGUAGAAUUGUUUUCUACAGCUCUUUUAGGGCAAAUGUUUUUUUAAUUUUUGAGAAAAAUACUAUUAAAUGGUUUUUUUAUAGUAUCUACUCACAAAACUUGAUUCGGAAAACUAUUGUUAUGAUUUUAAUAGAUGACUAUGUAUAUGAAAAAUGUAUAUAAGUGGAAUUUUAUAAAUAGUCUGAGAAAUAGUAAAACAAUUACUUUUUAAAGCAAGGUUUUAAUAAUUUUCCUCAGAUAUUUUUGUUUAAAUAAAAUAAAUUUAAAAUGUAUUGUAGUGAAUCCUCGAUUAUCCAGGGACGAAUCAAUCUCUUGCAGGUUAAUCUUGUUGGCUAAAUAAAUAAAAAUUAUGAGAAUCAUACAUGAAACUCAAUACGUUAGGUAACAAUAAGACUUUUGAAAUAUGUAAACCAAUUAUAACAUUAAGAACUAUUUUCAGUUUCAAUCCUUGCUUCAAUUGACUUAAUUUAUUAUGAAAUUUAUGUUCUGGUUGCAAACAUUAGUUUGAAGAAGAAUUUUGGUCAUAUAACUUUUUAUCAGUAAUCUAUUUAAGGAUGGUUAUCAUCCAUCUCUUUCUUCCCUUUUUUUCAUAUUAGGGUUAUUUGUUUUUAAUUUUUCAGAUUGUCUACUCCUAAGUAAAUAUGCAUUAAAAACUAGUCACCAACUGCACAAUCGCAUACAUUUUUAAGAUAUUUCAAUAAUAAAUUUUGAUUUGGACUUUCCAAUACAUUGUGAUAUUUUAUUGUCAGAUUUUCUGAAAACUUUCCCAAUUCAUCUACAUAUUUCUGUAUUAGAAACAGCUUCAGGUAAACAGUUUGCGCUAAAAUAAUGUGAAAGCGGAGCAUUAAUUACACCGGAAGUGUAUCCAAUUUUUAGAUCAGACCUCAGUCCAGAUAUGCAUGCGGUGAAGGUACAAGGAGAUUCAUCAGGUAGCUUAUCACACCAAUAUGAUAAGCCACACCAAUAUGCUUUUAAUGUGACAUAAAGUAUGUCAUUACACUAUAUUGUCGAUAAUAUAGGAUUCAUAAGCGUGAAAGCUGUUACGUUAUAUUUGUUUCUGAUAGCAUAAACUAUUUUGGGUACAUAACAAUUAAAAAUGUUCUACUUACUAUUAAUUAAGUUUGGAAGUACAAAUAACAAUUAGCUUACUCUAAAGCGAAAUGAGCAAUUUGUCACGUAACUUAAAUGAAUAUUGGUGUUAAACUAAGUGGCUUGUGUCACUUGUAGACAUUUUCAGAUUACGUUAGAUGAAUAGCAGAUGUGGUUAAUCAUAGCCAUCACCCUUAACUACCCUGGAUAGUUGAGUGAUGACUCAAGUACAAAAACCAGUUACAAAUUAAUCUAAAAUAAUGAUAUUGAUAAUUUUAUUUAUAAUUACUUUCAUAGCAUCAAUGUAAAUUUAAUGGUAAGCACUUAAUGCAUUUGUAUUAGCAAGAGUUUUUGGGAUAGUGAGAUAUUCUACUAGCAUUAAUGUGUGUAAUCUAGUUCCAUUCAAAUAAAUUAUCAAAAUUUAUGAUUUAAGAAUCAAUAUACAUAAUGAGUUAUAACGUCAGGGUUUUAAGUAUUUGUUUAAAUUAUAUACAUUUAUUUCAUAAACAUUACUGAUAAAAACAAUUGGUAUAAGUGGAAAUUUAUUAGAAAAUAUGUUUGAGGAUAUAAAACAAGGUUAAAAUAAUACAUAAUCACAUACAUCAGCUGUUUUAAACCCUAGACUGAUCAAUUCUCAAUAUGUUUAGGCUUGUUACAACCAAAACAAGCAAUAUCUCUAAGCAGUUAUAAUAAAUAAGUGAUUUAUUUGUUGAUAUCAACAAUGGUAAAUAAUAUUGCAAAAUUUUGCUUUUGUGUUUCCAACUUAGUUAUAACUAGAUACUUUAUUUUAAUAUUUAGUUUGUAUUGUUUUAACAUUUAGUCUGUUACAGUGUUUUACUAGCAUUAGUCGUAGUCAUAGUGAAACCACUUUAUUCCAUAAUAUGUACAAGGUACAAAGAAUUGUGUCACUUCAAUAUAAAUGUUACAACUGCUGUAAAACUUAUUUUGUUCGAGGGUUCCAAACUUGUAGUUUAUGUAUUUAUUUAAAAGUAAUCCUAUAUUAGAGAUUUUUACACACCAAUCGUUAUGAAUGUUUCAUGAAGUAAGAAGUUCUUUGGGAAAGAAUACUGUAAUGUGUAAUAAAUUAUAGUAGUUUUGUUACAAUGUAAUUCAACUUUUAGUACUCCCUAACUUAAUUUAACCCUAGAACUGUCAAAGUCAUAAUUUACAACUUAUGUUUUCCCGCUGUGAGUAUAGACUUGUGCAUAAUACAAUUUGGGUGUUAUUGUAGUAUAAAUGGUUUUCUAACUCUUAAAAGCUGUUAUAUUUGUCAUGAUUCGAUAAUAAAGGCCUCGUAGAGUAUAAAAUAAACAUAAAUCAAGUCUUUGUUUUAUUAUUUUUGAAUAGUGAGGACAACGAAUUAAAAACGGGUGUUUUAGGUCUGGUACACAUAUAUAAGAAAAUCACUCAUCCCAUCAUUUUCUAACCAAGCCAUCAAUCGUUAAUUUAAGGAGGGGCCUCCCACUGGCUUUACCACAAACCAGUAACUCUUAUAACUGUACACCAGACCGUAAAAAUCCCUAACGUCAGGCGCAGGAAUCAAACUCACGACUCCAAGGCUAACUCCUGUGUCCAAGAGUAGCGCUAGUAUCCUGACUUGAUGUCUUGAAUGUGCUGAUAGCUCACUUAAGACACCGUCCUGUUGUUGCAGUUUGAUUCAACUGGAUUACAUGCCAGUUCUAGGGUUAAAGGAAAGAGUAACUUUAAAAUAGAAAACAUUCAAACUGGAUUCAUGUAUGAUGUUCCCAAACAGACCCCCACUUAUUGUAGGUAUCCAAAGGCUUAUUAAAUCAUAAAUUGAAUAAAAGCUUAAGAGUGAAGUAAACUAAGAAAUGGUUUAUUAUAUAGGUGCCAUUUUUCUGCUUAGAAUUUUAUUAUAAUCAGUAACACGUCUUGUAAACUGUGUUUACAAAGAUAAUCAUACAUUAUAUUUAGAUACUUCAGGCAAAAUAGAUCUAUUAAUUCAUACAAAUAGUAUUAUUUACAGUGUUUUAUGGGGUCUAAUUAAUGCAAUGAAUUUAUUUAGACACUAGAGAUAUCGCUCACAUAAUCAGCUCUAAACUAUGAUUAUUACGCCUGAUGUGCUUAUUGAAGUGUCAAAUUGAUCCUAGAUUGUAAGAAACCCUAUCAUUAGCCAUAUUUUAUGCUUGAAUUUUGUUUAAUUGUUUUGUGUGUUAAAUUAAAGCUGAAAAUUUGUCUUACCUCCUUGAGGCUUUAGAUUGCAUUAAACAUUUUGCCAAGCAUGAUCAACCAAAACAUUUUAUUUUAUGUAAUUUUUUUUCUCCCUUAUUCUUGAUAUUUAAUCCAUAGAACCUAUUCUUAAUUAACGUGUUUAAAAUACUAACUUCCUAUUUCAAAACAAGAUAAAUUUAACAUCUAUUUUAUGGGGAAUUUAUAUAUAUAUCUUCAAUAAAUGUGACCCCCAGAACCAACUUUUUUUGGGUCUUUGUAGGACAAGAAGCUGAGGAAUUGCACGUAGUCCUAGGACCUUUGUGCUGCUUCUGGAGUGACAGGAUAUUUUAAGUGGGUGAGGUUGGGAGUAGGGGCCGCCUCCUGUCAAGAUCCAUGAGGAAGGAUUUUGGGAUUAAUCUCAGUCAUGUCCCCUUGGAAGAAGGGGAGUUCAGCUGUGUACCAGGGGUAGCAUACCCUUAUGUCUAGGCUGGCAACACCCUUUAACACCUAGGGAGUCCCACCAACUCCAACAGUCACCCCUCCAAUAGACUAGAACUAUCGAUUUACCCUUGCAUCCCAAUAUCUUGACAUUUGUGGUUAGUGAUGUGGCACUCCUGGACAUCCAUAAGGUUGACCAGAUUUAAGUGAUACAACGGUUUUUGCAUCCAGUGUAGGUUGAAUUGGAAGUUAUAAAACAACUAGAAGUGAACCCUUCUGGGGUUCUUUGUUUUUAAAGUUUGUUGUUGACGAUGGAAGGUUUUUGACAGGGUAACAGGAUUUCGGACAUUUGCCAUCGUUAUGGUUACAAAAGGUAUAAUACAACGUUUUGAGGAUUGAAAUCUAUCCUCUUUGUCAGGUGGGGGGAGGUAUUAGUACAUGAAAAAUUGAGAACAAAAAGAAGAGAAGAAAAGGGUUCAAUCAUACUGAAAAGCUGCUUGGAGUCUAGUCCAGGUGUUGUCACUGCAGAGAAUGCAAGUUCCGAGCACAAGUCACGAGUACGAGAAACAUAUCACACAUCACAUUGGCACGGAUGAAAGUGGGAUACUAAUACGAAAAUCGAUAUCGGUUCUUUCUUUGGCACCGCGUCAUGUCAUCUGAAAUAAUGGGUCAGGAAGGCGAUGGUCAGGAGGAGGAAGGGUUAAAGGCAAGCCGCUUCCAGCCCUAUGCUUUGGUCCUAGACCUUAGUGUCAUGGUGUGUGUACGAAUUAUUUUUGGUUGAGGUUUCUUUAAUUGGUAUAGUCUUUUUAGAUAUCCUAGUUAGUUCUUUUUUAAUAUUGGUAUCCAAAGUGGUCUAACCUCAACCGAAUGUUGACUAAGCGAUUUGGUCUGCUAAUUUUAUGUAUGAAGCCUCAAUAAGUUUUCGUUAAAAAAAAUUCUCCUCGUGGUGUAUUACCUAGAAAACCUUCUGGUGUAUUCAAGGAGUAAAAGUAAAAUGUGUCCUGGAUUGUUAAACACAUUUCCUAAUAUUUUUCUAAUAAACAAUGUUUUUGUUUGUCAAACCAAAGUUAUUAAUACAAUAACCAUAAGAAAUAAAUUAUUAAUAUUGUUGUCACAAAAACUUACCUACUUCUUCCGACUGAGCUGUAAGGACUGAGGAUUUCUGAGCUGUAAGGAAUUAUUGAUUUGAGCUUUUUGUUUUGAUCAGAGAGAAAACACAUUAAAUUAUAUAGAUUAUGUUAGAUUUUAUAAUCUUUUCUUUUAUAUAAUGGAUCCCAAUAUCUGUGAUGGUUUUACUACUUAAAUUGUUUAGUUGGGGGGGGGCCCAACCCCAACCCAAUCAGGAAAAGUUAUAACUUUCUAAACGUACUUUAAAUUGUCCAAACAAUUUUCAUAAAUCUUUCUUGACAUCCCUCAGCUAAUGUAAUUCUUAAAUAUAUAAAAAGCUAAAAUAAUAGGGGAUGCUUUAUCUAACAAUGUUUUGUGUAAUUUACUGGGUUACACAUUCAAUAAAAUUACAGGAUGAAUGCAAAACUUCAUACCAGAAGUAUAUUUCACAACAUACCCUGAACAAACCAAAUUUAAUUUCUGCAAUAAACAUGCUAAAGGAAGACAUAAUAUUUCUUCACUGUAUGAUUUCGUAAUCGUAAUAUCUAACAUAGCUAUAAAAUUGUUCCAUGCAUCGAUAUUACAGUUAGCUUACUAGUUACUUAUGUAAAAAAAAUAAACUAGUGACAACCUUGUGAUAUUUGUCAAUUCUCCUGUAAAUACGACUUUCUUGCAACUAUGUACAGUGUAAAUGUGUAUUGAAUCACAGUGUAGUUUGCAUCAAACUGAACUUAGUAUGAAAGGAUUCACGAUUUUGUGUACAGUUUGUUACGUAAUGAGUUGCAAUUACAUGACGGGUGUACAGUGUACACUAAACAUUGUGUAAUGUGUACAUAGUGUAACGUGCAACGUGGAAUAAACUAAUUUGUACAUUUUUUUACCAAGUACUAACAUUUAUAAUUUUUUUAAAGGUAAUAGAUUAAUAUAUUAAGAAGAUUGUGAUCAUUAGAGGUUAUUUUGAAUGGUGUGUAUAAGUUUAACAUAUUCAGGGGUUUCUAUAAUCAUAUGUUAAUGUAAGGAUCAGGUUUAUCUUUGUCACUAACUUCACAGGGUUUUUGUGAAACCAAUACGUAUUUUAUUUUAUUUUAUAAAACGCCAACAUACAUUCUAAUAAUUACUGUGUCAGUGAUACAACUAUAGUAGUUCUGUUGUGUUGUGUUUAUUAAUCAUAGUUUGUUUAAUUUUGGCUUGCUCUUACGAAUAUUUUUUAAUUUUCACAGUGUAAUAAAAAUCAGCAGAAAAUUUUUCAUAACCAGUUAUUACUACUGUAGAAUAGAGAGACAUUAACGCUUUCGUUGAAAAAAGUUCAAUUGUCUUUAAACUUUGUACAGAGAAUAUUCAAUAUUGACUGUUAAAUGAACAUGUAUUUAAUUAUCGGACACAAAAUGACUGCAUACAACUUGGUAUUUCGUGCACAACAGAGAUUACUAUUUGAAGUCUGGGUUUUAUCCAGUUUUUAGAGAGUUUGUAAGUGUAUGUAAGAGGUGUGCUUAUAUUACAGCAUAUGUACUAUUGUGACAUAUGUAUUACAUUCAAAUUGCUCAUUAAAUAUUUUCAACUUAA